ACGUAAUCACAUGUUUUCAUCGCGUCUUGGAAAGCUGUGUGUUUAGUUAGCGGAAUUCAAGCACAACGCACUUGGAUACACACAGGUCAACGAUGGCGUCUGACUCCCCGCGCAGACCGAGCCGCUGUGCUGGAGGGGUUGUAGUUCGAGCCCAGGCUGCUACGGAGCAGUCUUACAUGGAAAGUGUAGUGACUUUUUUGCAAGAUGUGGUUCCUCAGGCCUACACUGGGACACCACCAACAGAUGAAAAAGAAAAGAUCAUUUGGGUUCGUUUUGAAAAAGCAGAUAUCAAUGAUGUGGCCCGCUCACCAGAGUUCCUGGAGAUGCAUGGCAGCGGUGUGGACCCACCUCUUUGUCUGAUGAUUGGCUAUGCAGACGGAAUGCAAAUCUGGAGUGUAUCACUGACUGGAGAAGCUCAGGAGCUCUUCUCUGUGCGGCACGGUCCAGUGCGAGCUGCUCGUAUCCUUCCAGCCCCUCAUAUCAGUCCCCUGAACACUGACAGCUUUGCAGAGAAGAGGCCCCUCCUCGGUGUUUGCAAGAGCACAGGCUCCUCGGGGACCAGCCCUCCGUACUGCUGUGUGGACCUGUAUUCUCUAAGGACCGGAGAGAUGGUCAAGUCAAUUCAGUUUAAAACGCCCAUUUAUGAUCUACACUGUAACAAAAGGAUUCUUGUCGUCAGUCUUCAAGAAAAGAUUGCUGCCUUUGACAGCUGCACUUUUACAAAAAAAUUCUUUGUCACAAGCUGCUAUCCUUGUCCUGGUCCCAACCUCAACCCCAUAGCAUUAGGAAGCCGGUGGCUCGCCUACGCUGAGAACAAGCUGAUCCGGUGUCAUCAGUCCCGUGGCGGGGCAUGUGGAGAUAACUCCCAGUCCUACACUGCCACUGUCAUCAGCGCCGCAAAAACACUAAAGACAGGGCUGACGAUGGUGGGUAAAGUAGUCACUCAGCUUACAGGCACCCUGCCCUCCGGAGCACCUGAUGAAGAGGGCGUGGCCCACAGCAGCACCCGCCGCAGCCCUCACCAACCCGGCGUAGUUACUGUCAUAGACACACACAGUGUGGGAGAGGGACAGGUACUUGUGAGUGAAGACUCUGAUGGAGAGGGAGUGGUCGCUCAUUUUCCAGCUCAUGAUAAACCCAUAUCCUGUAUGGCAUUCAACCCGAGUGGUAUGUUGCUGGUGACUGCUGACACAUUAGGACAUGAUUUUCACGUGUUUCAAAUCCUCACUCACCCAUGGGCAUCGUCACAGAGUGCAGUUCAUCACCUGUACACCCUGCACAGAGGGGAAACUGAGGCUAAGGUGCAGGACAUCUGCUUCAGUCCUGACUGCCGCUGGGUGGUGGUCAGCACGCUGCGUGGCACCUCACACGUCUUCCCCAUUAACCCGUACGGUGGCGCACCGUGUGCCCGCACACACCUGUCCCCACGUGUAGUGAACCGCGUGAGCCGCUUUCAGAAGAGCGCCGGCCUCGAGGAGAUCGAGCAGGAGCUGAACAGCAAGCAGGGUGGCCGGUGCAGCCCCAUCGCCGGCCUCUCCAGCAGCCCGUCCGGCUCCCCUCUACACGCCAAACAUACCAACCAAGAGUCCUAUAACAACCUCACCAACAACAACAUGGGGAAUCCACGGCUGUCUCCUCUGCCAAGUCUGACGGUGCUGCUGCCGCUGGCUCAGAUUAAACAGCCCAUGACUCUGGGCACCAUCACCAAGCGCACAGGACCCUACCUCUUUGGGGCAGGAUGUUUUUCCAUUAAAACUCCAUGUAAAGCCAAGCCACCGCCCCAGAUCUCUCCUAGCAAGUCUAUUGGAGGGGAGUUCUGUGUAGCUGCCGUGUUUGCAUCCUCACGCUCUUGGUUCAUCACCAACCCUAACAUGAAGAGAGAAAAAGAUCAGUCUCGCCAGGCUGUGGUUGACUCUCUCUAUAUCGCAAGCUGCUAUGGUAGUCUGGUUGAGCAUGUGCUGGAGCCUCGGCCCAUCAGCACAGCACAGAAGAUAGGUGAUGACACACCUCUGGAGUUAAACACCUGCCCCAGGGCAUGCUGGACUCUGGCCAGAACACCACAGUGGAAUGAGCUGCAACCUCCUUUCAGCAGCAGCCACCCCUUGGUGCAGGCCUCAGACUUGGUGCAGUACUAUCAGUACCUCCUGGCUGGCUCGUUGCCUCCAGGAAGCCCGGGGCCCAUCACCAGACAGGGUUCCUAUGACAGCCUAGCCUCAGACCACAGCAGCCAGGAGGAUGAGGAGUGGCUUUCUCAGGUGGAGAUAGUGACCCACACUGGCCCUCACAGGCGGUUGUGGAUGGGUCCUCAGUUCCAGUUUAAGACCAUUCACCCAUCAGGCCAGACCACGGUCAUCUCCUCCAGUUCGUCUGUGCUGCAGUCUCAAGGGCCCAGUGAUUCCCAGCAGCCCCUGCUCGACUUUGAUACUGAUGACCUGGAACUACACAGCCUCAGGAUCCAGCCUGUGCGCUCUGAGCCCAUGACCAUGCCCGGCUCCUCUUGUCUGAUUCCAGAGCGUGUAGGCCAGGCUACAGGCAUCGAUGCCGGCUCAGAAAAGGACUCUUUGCAGAUAAGCUCCAGUGGCACAUUUGACCACAGUGUGACCCUGCUGGAGGUGUGUGGCAGCUGGCCCGAGAGUUUUGGAUUGCGUCACAUGUCCUCUGUGGAAGCCACAGACGAGGGCUUGAGGGAGAGGCUUGCUGAAGCCAUGUCUGAGUCACCCAGCAGAGACAUUGUAGGCUCUGGAACAGCGGAACUGCAGAGAGAAGGCAGUAUCGAGACGUUGAGUAACAGCUCGGGCUCCACAAGUGGCAGCAUUCCUCGUAACUUUGAAGGUUACCGCUCUCCUCUGCCCACCAACGAGAGCCAGCCACUCAGCCUUUACCCCACAGCUUUCCCCUAGAGAAACGUCUCCUCUGUGACAAGUCCCACCUUUCUAUCCCAUCACAGGGAUCUGCUUCCCUUUUUCCGUCCGGAUGGAUGUUGUUGUGUGCAAUGUUGACUUCUCCUUCCACCCAACCAACCGUCGAGCAAAGAUCAGUGAAAAUCCUUUCAAAUCAGGGUGGAAACGCAGACGAGACGUGCAUGCAGGCUUUCAAUAAAUGUGCCACUUGAUUCUUACUUGUGUAACAAACAUGUCUUAUGUGGAGAAAGAGAGAGAGAGAAGAAAGUUUAGCUCCUGCAUAUUGUGUAAAGGCUUUCACAGCUGCCAUUUUGUCCCUCUCUCAAAUACAUGACGUUGAUUAGUUCAAAAAUGUCUUGUGUGCAGUAGAGACAUGUUCAUGCCAAUAUAUCACAGGGCAUUGGUGUGUAUUCAAGCCAUAACUUCAUGUAUGUGUUUGUUAUUCAACAUGUAGUAUGUGUCUUGAUUCCCUCUCAGUCAAAGCUUUGGAAACGUUAGAUUGAAUAUGUAUUUUCCUUUGGCAAAAGGACAUUUUAAUAAAGGCUUUUAGUUGAAAUUUAUUUCUAUGGCAAAGUUAAAUAGUGAAGUUAAAGCCCAUGUAUACAUGUAUUUCUGAAUCAAGGUGUAAUUUUAAUAAGUAUUUUUGAUUUUGUGUUAUUUUUAAUGAAAUAGUUUCCCCAAAACCACAGUUUACUUUUAGAACAAAUGCUCAGCCUGUUGGGAAAUUUGAAGAAAAGCCUCAUGGAUGUAGCUCCUUCAUGAAGAUACCAGGAGUGUGCAAAGCUUCAUCGGAAAUAUACAAGUUCAGAAUUUCACGUGUAAAAUAGUGGAAUCUUCGAACACGUUUCCUGCUCACUGUAUAAUUCCAUACGUGUUAUUUUACUUGUUAUUAUCUGCAUUAUUAGUUGUAGAAAACAGUAAACGUGUCGAAAAGAUGUGUCCAAGUGUUUGACUGCUAGUGUGCGUUUAAGAGGGAGAUCAGGACACACUGCUUUUUAUGCAAACAUUCUUUGACUUGUUGCUGAAUUUUAAUUUUGCCUUUGUGUUACGUCCAAUUCUAUUUCCGUUAAAUGUCCUUUUACGAUCAUACAAAAUCAUACAAAAACAUUACAUUUAUAUCUCAAGACAAAAAGUAUUUUCAAUCUAUUUUAGUAUUUUAUAUAAUUACAUGAGGGGAAAGAAAAAUAACUAAACUUUUUUUCUUCUUAGAUUACUAUUAGUGAUUGCAAAUGUUGACUAAUACUGCUUAGUCAUGUUAUAAUUGUUAUAAUGUUACAAACAAUUUCUCUGUAUAUUUGAUUCUCUGUUCCAUUACGUCCAUGAAUGGAUUUGGUUUGGUUUGUUUUGUUUUGUUUUUACCUUUUGGACUAAAUUCCAUUCAUGUGAGUGGCUUUGUUAUGGCGUGUGCACUGUAUGACCUAUGUUAGCCUUUUAAAUGGACUGAUUACUGCAGGGUUAAUUGUCUCCUAAUAAAUGAGCCCCUUAGUGUUUUUUUUUUCCUUUAUAAAUUUUUAGGAUUUGCUUUGUCAAACAUCUUUACUCAGCAUCUUUUUAGGUGUGUGAAGUCUGUGUACCGUCAUGUUUAGAGGGAGUUAAUAACUGCAUAGCAAACCUCUAUCUCUCUGAACAAACACAUAUGCAUGCACUCACAUAUCGCUUUACUUCUUUAUGACUUUUCUAAAGGAGCUAUUCACUUGAACUGAACUGCACUAGACAGAACAUGACAUGACAGGACAUAAAGAAACUCCAGUGAUAUUGAUGAAGGUUUUGCUGUAAUAGCUUUCAGCUCAGCUUGCGGCGUAACGAAAGCUGUUAUGGUUGGACUGGACAGCGUAGUGCACGCAGCAAGUCUGAGGUGCAUGUGAUAGGAAGGGAUUGCUGGCCUCACUCGCUGAAUGAUUUACAAAGGUCAAUAUUGGCAUGACUAUAUUGCCAUGAAUGCAUUGCACAUGCUUUUUGUGAACUGUAAUAUGCUUUUGAACGACACUGGUUUAAUCCUGUCGAAUAUAAAUCCUUGCAAUUGAAAUGAUCUGUCAAAUGCACAUUGUUUUGUGUCUAUUUACUUUAAAGGAUGAACUGUUCGUUCUGACCAUGUACGGUUGUGUGUCAAUACCAAGUACUGAACUGGGACAGAAUGUAGAGAGAAUAAAUAAAGCAAGCAUAGAGGCUAAGCUAGAAA